AUGUGCGAGCAAGGUCCCGUCGCUGUUGACCUGUUGAUGUUGGGCACUGUUUACUGCCCUGGAGUCGCUGAGGAGGCCGCGGCGGAGGCGGCGGAGGCUAAGCACACAUCCUGGUGUAACGGCUACAGGGGGCUGUUCUAUCCAGACCUGUACAUCAUCGCCUGCAGAUGCACUCGGUGCCUGACUGAGGCGCACGGUCGUGGCAAGGCUUUCUACCCCUUCGAUUUCGAGCGCCAUGCCGGCAUGGGCGCCAACAAGCGGUGGAAGAGCAGCGUGCGCGUAGCGGGGAUGCACUGCAAGUCCCUCCCCUCCAGCGGCGGCGGCGGCGGCGGCGGCGGCGGCGGUUCCGCCGCCGACGGCUGUAUGAGCCUGGGUCGAUUCAUGGAGAUCCAGAACAUACAAAUCGAGCCCAGUGCACUGGCGCGCUCGUCCACCGCAGCGCCGCCGCCGCCGCCGCCGCCACCCACGUCGUCUGCGUUGGUACAGGAGGCCGCUGCAGCGGCCGGCUCCAGGCCGCCAACGGCGGCGGCGGCCAUGCGUGUCGGACCGCCGACUAGAAGGUCAACAUCGGCGGCGGCGGCGGCGGCGGCGGGGGCGCUGCCUCCCCCCGGAGUGCCCGGCAGUAGUCCUGAGUACCCCCCGGCUACUGCCGCGUCCCCUCCGGUUCCGGUGGCCAGCUACAGCCAGCUAGGACCCCGCCACCGGGCAGCGCUCUUCCCCGUGCUACCGCCCAACGUCCCCAGGAUGGUUCCGCCCGAGUUGCAGGGGCAUGCUAUGGUCGGCCACCGCGUCCGGAUUUAUUGGCCCAUUGACAAGGUGUACUACUCCGUGGAUCCGACAGCGCAACGUUGCCCCACGGCACCCAAGAACGUGGGAACGGGAAAUGACUUCCCGGGCGGCCCGAGCAGCUGCGGCCUGGGGGGCCUUGUGGGCAACGGCGGCGGCGGCGGCGGCGGCGGGGAGGAGGAGCUGUGUCAAGCGUUGGCAGCGGCCGCCCCGGUGACGUCAGCGGCAGAGAGAGAUGGGGGCGGCGGCGCCGACGGCGGCGAUGGCAGGCUCGUCCAAGCCCGGCCGAGCAAGUUGCAGCUGCCAGAUCUUAACAAGCAACAACCGCUACAGCAACAACCGCUACAGCAACAACCGCUACAGCAACAACCGCUACAGCAACAACCGCUACAGGGGCCCUCCGGGGAAUCCAUACGCAGCCCGUACAGCCAGCCACUACAGCCGCUACAGCUAGAUGGCUCCGGAGAGGAGUUCGACGGUGGUGCCGGUGAUCACAAAACCCCGUGCGGUGGUACGACGGCGGUGUUGGAAGCGUACGGAACAGCGGCGGCGGCGGCGGCGGCGGAUGGAAACAUGAUCGAGAGUCCUGACGUUGAGCCCAUUGAUGUAGUGGGCCCGGCGGCGGCAGCGGAUGGUACGACGAACCGUACGGCAACCAGGUCGGGAGAUCUCCUGCAAGUGGGCGUCAGGGCCCCUAGUAUCGGCGCCGUCGAUGUAGCACACGUGUACUUUGAUGGAGGCGGCAGCGGCGUCGCCGCCGCCGUUGGAACUGACGUCACGGAAGCUGCCGUACGCCGCCAGCAGCCCGGAUCGGCGACGCCGGAUGGUGACGUCCUGGAGGGCUCCCUUGUGAAGGCUUGCAUGUGUGCGGAGGAGGACGAGGAGGCGGAGGAGGAACAGCAGGAGGAGGAGCGAGGUCAGGGCCACCGGGAAGGGCGUGAGUUCGAGGUGGAAGCGGAGGCGGCCGAUUCACCGAUGGCGGCUUCUGAUAGCGGCGGCGGCAGCCCCGCCGCUGCCGUCGCGGCCGCCACCGCCGCGGCGACGGCGGCGAAACGCGUUCAUCCGCAGGCUCUGUCCGCCGCCGCCGCCGCCGGCGCCGCCACUGACAGGGCAACUAAUCAGCGUCGCCCAUCGCUGGCGAAGAAGGCGGCGGCAGCGGCGGCGGCGGCGGCAGGUCGUGAGCUCGACGGGGCGAUGCCGGUGACGUGCAACUACAUCGACGCCUGGUUCCUGCUACGACAUAAACUAGUUGCUUGCGACUGUGUCGGUUGUCGUACACAGCCUGGGAGCGGCAAGAGGAUUUGCUGGACGCCCAUCGGCUUUGAAGAACAUGCAGGCAUGAGAGCCAGCAAGAAAUGGAAGAACAGUAUCCGGAUGAGGCCAGGGGCGGAAGUGGAGGUGGUUCCGGAGCCUGGCCACCUGGGGGCCGGCGGCGGCGGCGGCGGCGAACCGCUCGGCGAGUGGUUGGACCGCCGCGGCGUUGUGGUGCCACCCAGCAAGCAGCGCCGGCGGGUGAUGGAGGCAGCUGAGGUGGAGCGCUGCGUUCUGGCUCCCAUCACGGGGGUCAGCAAGGUGUCGGCGGCCGUGGCGGCGCCGCCAGACACCACCGCCGCCGCGGCCGCCGCCGCCGCCGCUGCCAGGUUGGCCGCAGGCUCCAUUCGUCCAGCCAGCAACAUCAUUGCCGCUACAAGAAAGCCGGCGACGGCGGCGGAUACAGCUGCCGUACCACGGAAGCGAGGUCGAGACGUGGCGGCGGGAACGCCGCCGCGGCCACCGCCGUCACUGCCGGCGUCGGGAAUGGAAGCCACCGCCGCCGCCGCCAACUACGGCGGGGAGGUCGUCAUCCGCGGCCCCGGAUACAAUGUCCUCCGCUGCAGUGAUCCCCCCGGCUUUGAGGUGUUUUGCCUGGUGGCUGGGUACCUGCUCGAGGAGGUUUCCGUACGAGCAUACGACUACGGCAAGGUCAUCAUUCAAGCGCAGCCGCGAAACUCCGAGCGUGCGGCCUUGUGGGGAAUAUCACCGCUGCGUCAUGUCGUACAACUGCCGGGUGCCGUACACGCAGAGAGCGCCCAGGCCCUCAUGACUUUACACGGCCAAUUGUACGUCAGAAUAAAUGCUCAAUAA